AUGCCUACACGAGCCGAAAGACUCGCGCAGAUCCGCGCUCUACGUGCUGCAGGCAAGACGGGCUUCGAUGCGUACGAGGUGCAAGAGGCCGAGUCCAUUUACGAGACCGUGGACGACGAGGCCUACAAGAAGGUCGUACGCAGCCGACUCGAUCAAGACGACUUUGUUGUAGACGACAAUGGCGAGGGAUAUGCCGACGACGGUCGCGAGGACUGGCAGGACGAGGCGCGAACCUACGAUGACACCGACAGCGAAGACGACCUCCCAAGGCACGGCAAGGCGGCCAAACGGAAGCGCGAAGAAGAUGCUGAGCGACAAGAGAAAUUGAACAAGGGCAUUAGCAAAUACUUCAACCAGAAUCCCGCCGCCGCCGCAGCACCCAAACCAAAGCCCACGGCCACGGCAGAGGACGAUGAAUUCAUGGCGGGCCUGCUGGGCGAAGUUGACACCAACAUUCCCAGCAAGGCGCCGUCCUAUGGCAAAGCAAUGCGAAGCAACGACAGGCGCAAGACGAGAAUUUUGUCCCCACCACUGGAGGAGUCCGUUGGAAAGAGAACUGCUCGGACAACAUCUUCGAGGAACAACGUCGAUACGCCAAUACAUCCCCCCGCAGUGCAGAAUGUCGGCGACGAUGAUGGCUACUUUCUCCCGAGUCACACCGAUGAUGCGCUCAUGAGUGAUCCUCUGCCGUCCUCUCCUGCCGUGAAGGCUGUAGAGAGAAAGGAGCAGACCGCCGUCAAAUCCGAGCCCGUGGACGACGACGAUCUCAUGGAAGUCGCGGAAGUGCAAGGUCAUUCUGCACUACACACAGCAAAUGUGAACAUCAAAGGCCAUCGCCCGAUUCCGAAGAUUGUCAAAACUUCGUACCCCACGCCGGAUAGCUCGUCGCCCACAAGAGCACCGGGAGAGGAGGUCGAUAUGACCGCGAUCAACGAUGUGACUGAAACUCUCAACAUUGUUAGUAGCCCGCAUUCGGACACCAUCAGCGCCGGCAAACUGGCGGCCAAAGACGCCCUUGAGGAUGAUGGGACUCUUCGAUUCUUCUGGACCGACUACACUGAGGUCAACGGUAGCCUUUGUCUAUUCGGCAAGGUAAAGAAUCGGACCAACAGCACCUAUGUCUCGUGCUUUGUCAAAGUCGACAACAUUCUUCGCAAGCUGUACUUCCUCCCCCGAGAAUACCGACAACGCAACGGCCGAGACACGGAGGAAGAAGUCGAGUUCAGUGAUGUGUACGAAGAAGUCGACAGACUCAUGACGAGGAACAAGGUCAACAUGCACAAGAUCAAGUCUUGUUCACGGAAAUACGCCUUCGAGCUGCCGGGCAUUCCAAAGGAAGCGGAUUAUCUUAAGCUUCUCUACCCCUACACCAAAUCGGUCCUGCCCAUGGACACCAAGGGGGAGACGUUCUCCCAUGUCUUCGGCACCAAUACCGCACUCUUUGAACAAUUCGUGCUGUGGAAAAACAUCAUGGGCCCUUGCUGGCUUCAGGUUGAUGGCGGUAACUUCAACGCCGUCAACAAUGCUUCCUGGUGCAAGCUUGAGCUGCAGGUCGACAAACCGAAUGGCAUCACCACCCUUGGUGAUUCCGACAACCUUGAGGCGCCGCCCCUCACGCUCAUGUCUCUCGCGUUGAGGACCACCAUGAAUGUCAAGGAAAAUAAAAACGAGAUUCUCGUCGCAAGUCUCCGGUUCUAUGAGAACGUCUCGCUGACGGAUACAACGCCGGCCGAGAAGCUUCCUCAGCGCACCUUUACUAUCAUGCGUCCAAACGGCGAGUAUCCAUUAGGUUUCAAGAUGGAGGCAGAGAAGCAUCGAGGCCAAAUACGCAUGGAGAAGAGUGAGGGGGCACUAUUGUCCAUGACUCUUGCCAUCAUUCAGAAGUACGAUCCGGAUGCCAUCAUGGGUCACCGACUUGACGAUGUCGAUUUCAACGUCCUCCUGACUCGUAUGAAAGAGCGCAAGACGCCGGGCUGGCACCGCAUUGGACGACUGAAACGCGACGACUGGCCAAAGAACUUCGGCAAGGGAGGGGGUAGCUUCUUCGCUGAACGACACCUCGCUGCAGGGCGGUUGUUGUGCGAUCUCGCAAACGACAUGGGCAAGAGCAUCAUGACUGGAUGCCAGAGCUGGAGCUUGGAUGAGAUGUGCACCUUGUAUCUCGGAGGUAACAACAAGCGCCGUGACAUCGACAACGAGAAAGCACUGGCAAUGGCGACCACGCGAGACGGGCUGAUGAAUUAUGUCAAGCUCUGUGAAGCCGACACAUUCUUCAUCGCCGCCAUUGCUAUCAAACAACAAUUUCUGCCGCUUUCAAAGGUGUUGACGAAUUUGGCCGGCAACUCGUGGGCGCGUACUUUGAGCGGCACUCGUGCGGAGCGCAACGAGUACAUUCUGCUUCACGAGUUCUAUCGCAACAAGUUCAUCUGUCCAGACAAGGUCUUCGGAAAGGGAGCGUCGAACAAGAAGCUGGAAGAGGCCGACCACGCCGAUGAAGAUGGUGCGGAUGUCAAGAAGAAGGACAAGUUCAAGGGAGGUCUCGUGUUUGAGCCAGAGAAGGGACUGUACGACCGAUUCAUCCUCGUCAUGGACUUCAACUCGCUGUACCCCAGCAUCAUUCAGGAGUUCAACAUCUGCUUUACCACUGUGGACCGCAGCGACAUUACGGAAGACGAUGACAAGGUGCCUGAAGUACCAACAGACACAGCGAACAAGGGGAUCCUGCCCCGACUGAUUCGCACAUUGGUCAGUCGAAGGCGAGAGGUCAAGAAACUGAUGAAGGACAAGACCGCCACCGAUGAUCAACGCAAGACCUGGGACGUGAAGCAGCUGGCAUUGAAGCUGACGGCAAACUCAAUGUACGGAUGUCUGGGAUAUACCAAGUCUCGCUUCUACGCUCGACCGCUCGCGGCUCUUACCACGUCGAAAGGCCGUGAGAUUCUCCAAUCCACCAAGGAGCUCGCCGAGUCGGCGCACGCACUUCGCGUCAUAUACGGUGAUACUGAUUCCGUCAUGGUGAACACCAACAAAGACAACAUUCUAGAAGCCGUGAAGAUGGGCAAUGAGUUCAAGAAGAGCGUCAACGAGAGGUACGAGCUCCUUGAAAUCGAGAUCGACAAUAUCUUUCGACGGUUGUUGUUGCACGCCAAGAAGAAGUACGCUGCAAUCAACAUGAUCGAGGUCGAUGGAGUGUGGAAGGAGAAGAUGGAAGUCAAAGGGUUGGACAUGCGGCGGCGAGAGUAUUGCCAACUGUCGAAGGAUACUUCACAGGAACUGCUGAACUACUUGCUGUCCGGAGAAGAGCCAGAAAAGGUGGUCUCGCAGAUUCACGACCACCUGCGCUCGCUCUCAACGAAGAUGCGCAGCAACGAGAUCCCCGCGCACAAAUACACCAUCUACACGCAGCUCGGCAAAGCGCCGAACGAGUAUCCCAACGGAAACUCGAUGCCGUCCGUCCAGGUCGCACUCAAGCUGAUGGCCAAAGGCAAGCACGUCAAAGCCAAAGAUGUCAUGAGCUUCGUGAUCUGUGGCAACAGCGGCGGGUCGGCGGAGAAUGCGGCCAAGAAUGCGCACCCACUGGACGAGGUUCUAUCAAAGGACAGCGACCUCGUUCCUGAUGUGGACUACUACCUACAUAAGCAGAUUCUGCCUCCGGUGGAGCGGCUUUGUGCUCCGAUUAGCGGCACGAACGUCACAUUGCUCGCAGAGUGUCUCGGCCUUGACACCAGCAAAUACAGGGUCAGCGGGGCGGCGAAGAGUGCCGAGCAGAGCAAUGAGAUCACGACAUUGGAGAGCCAGAUCCCCGAUCACAUUCGCUUCAAAGAUUGCGAGCCGCUGGGCCUGCUAUGUCUGGGCUGCAAGCACCACUUUGAAUACCGCGGUCUCAACUACCAGGCCUCCGCCGACCAGGAGACUCUCACGCCUCUUGGCAUCCUCUCCAACGACGGACUGAGAUGUCCUCGAGCGGAGUGCAGCAAGUCCAUCUCGACGCUGGCCAUGUCUGCUCAACUCGAGACCCAGGUCCGGCGGCAUACAAGCCGCUACUACUCUGCAUGGCUGAUCUGCGACGAUCCGGCGUGCGGCAUGCGCACUCGACAUAUGAGCGUGUACGGGCAUCGCUGCUUGGGGCCGAAGGGCCUCGCGUAUGGCUGUUCGGGACGAAUGACGUUCGAGUAUUCGGAAAAGGCACUCUACAAUCAGUUGCUUUACUUACAAACGCUCUUCGACGUCGACAAGAGCCUCGAGAAGAUGGAGCGGCCGGGCGCCGUGAAGAUGGAGGAUGGGGAGAAGAAGAAGAUUCUCGCGGGGAUGAACCGGGAGAGGUUCGGGAUGUGCUGGGACGUGGUCAAGGCUUACUUGGACAAGAGUGGCUGGGGCUGGGUCAGCAUGGACUCUCUGUUUGGGUAUGCAUUGAAGAGUUUGUUGUAG